CAGCUGCACCAGCUGCUCGCCUGGCCGCGUCAGAGCCGCGAAGCUCCGCAGGAACAGAAAAGUUUUUAGGAAAAGAAACAAACAAACCCAGGAGGAGGAGGAGGAGGUGGGAUGGUGAGCGGAGUCAGCAGCGGCCGGCGGCGGGCGGGCGGCUGACGGGCGGCCGGCAGGAGCGGCUCCAGGCUGCGUGUCUGAAGCAGGAAGACUCGCAUGAAAACAGGAUGAACCAGCCCGGCUUCUGCCAUCAUGGCCGCCGCGAAGCUGCGAACUAACGAGCCAGGUGUGGCAGGAGGUCCGGGCCGGGCGCCGCCGCAGAGCCGCGGCCCGCCGGGCGACGCAUGGAAGCGGCACAUCAUCCGGCAGCUGAAGCGCCGAGACCAGCGGCAGCACGCCAUGUUCCAGGACCUCAUCCGCGUCUACACCCACCUGUUGGAGAAGACCACCAUGGCUAAAGGGAUUUUAGGAUGCACUGUCAGGCCUCCCUCAGCUGAUCGCAGUGGCUCCAUGUCUGUCCUGCUCAGCCAGAACAACGAGCUCAAGAAAAUCACCGGAGAGCUGGCCUAUCAGGUGGUGGAGCUGCAGCAGCAGAUUAAGAUCAGGCAGGUGUGUGUGGAGGAGCGGUGUUCCAGGGUGCUGGAGGCGGAGCAGCGGCUGGCGGGCGUGGCGGCGGAGCGGCAGGCCCUGCAGGCCCGGGUGGAGCAGGUGCAGGAGGGGAACAGCGCCCUCAAGAGGCAGUACGACGGCCUGCUGGAGCAGCACCACGCUCUGGAGCAGCGCUGCAGGGAGGAGACGCUGCGAGGAGGCCAGCUGCUGGAGGACAUGAUCCACUGGAAGCAGCAGGCCGCCGAGCGCAUGAACAGCCACAACGAGAGGAGGUCCAGAGCGCGGGAGGCCAGCCUGCAGAGGGAGCUCCAGACGGCGGCCAGGAGGAACGUCAGCAUCGACGUGUCUGCAGGCUCCAGCUCGCUCAGCGCCCCGGCCUCCAGGUCGGCCUCGCCCAGGAACGAAGCCCCGGAGCCGCCGGAGAGACGCCACGCUCGCCUCUUCAGGUCGGCCUCGGCGACGUCGCCGCGGAUUCUCACGUCCAUCAAGGAGCUGUUUGAGAGGAAGAGGCGUGGUAACUCGGUGUGCAGUGUGGAGGAGGAUCGGUACUCUCCUGUGGGAAUCUGUGUGGCUGCCAGAGUGCCUGCCAGAGCGCUGCAAGUCCUGGACGCCCAUGAGCAAGGCAUCAACGCGGUGAAGUUCAGCUGCAGCUCCGACCUGCUGGCCACCGGCGGGACGGACCGGGUCAUCAAGCUGUGGGACGUCCGAGCAGGCCAGCUGACCUACAGAGGGACACUAGAUGGCAGCACUGAGGGCAUCACCAGUGUCGAGUUCGACCCCACAGGGAUGAGGAUUCUCGCUGCGUCGUACGACAAGUCGGCGUUGCUGUGGCGGCUGGACGACCCUGUUCCCAAGCUGACCCUGACGGGUCACAGCAGGAAGGUGACGGCGGCCCGGUUCAGCAGCAGUGUGCGUCAGGUGGUGACGGGCAGCGCCGACCGGACCGUCCGGCUGUGGGAUCUGCAGCGAGCCGCCUGUAAGUGA